AUGGGACGCACUAAGGAACAGGCAGCAGCUGAUUUCACGGCUUUUCAACGCACCAUCCCUAGCUCGGAUAUUGUAAUCUUUUCAGAUGGAUCUAGGCUGAUAGAUGGACGUGCAGGGGGUAGCUAUAUUAGAUUUCAAGCACACCAUCAGUUCCUCCGCUCCUCACUCUCAUAUGGACAUAGGAAAGAGCUCAAUUUGCUACCAACCUAUAGAUCUGCCUUGACAACCUGGAAGUUGCCACGCGCCUCCUAUCCCCCUCUACAGGAUCCUCCCAAGAGGUCUUUGAAUCCUUCCGCACCCUUGCAGCUGCCUAGCCACUACGCGAAAGGCUUCCACACAUCAAAAGUCCCUGGACAUGCUAAAAUCCCUGAGAACGAAGCGGCUGAUCUCACUACCAAAGAGGGAGCUGCCUCAACCCCUCCUGCUCCUCACAAAUCCUCAUACACCUCGCUAAAGAGACACGCCAAGACUCAAUCCCUAUCCGCUGCUCAGUCACAAUGGCAGAAGGUGGCACCACAGAGUUAUCAAGAUCUAGAAAUAACUACUUCUCCUAAGCGCCCUGGGGAGCUUCAACUCAACCGACUUGACCUUGGCCAUAUUAUUGUGGCCCGUACUGGUCAUGGAGACUUUGCAGACUACCAUGAACGCUUUAAUCAUGAUGAUACUUAUCUUCUCUGUACUGCGAAAGGAACACGAAAACUAGCCUCAUGGCUAGCAGAGACCCGUUUCUUUGAGGAUAUCUGUCCUCGCCAACCUCUCCUUAGCACCUAG